AUGCCUGAUGGCACGUCACGUUUUUCAUGUAAGGGAAAGACUCUAUACCAUUUCAUGGGCACUAGCACAUUCAGUGAGUACACUGUUGUGGCUGAGAUAUCCAUUGCAAAGGUAGCAGAAAGUGCCCCUCUUGACAAGGUGUGUCUGCUUGGUUGUGGUAUUUCAACAGGAUAUGGUGCUCCCUUGAAUACUGCUAAGGUGGAGCCUGGAUCUACCACAGCAGUGUGGGGACUGGGUGCUGUUGGGUUGGCUGUAGCAAUGGGCUGUAAGGCUGCUGGUGCCUCAAGGAUUAUUGGGAUUGAUAUUAAUCCUGAUAAAUUUCCUGUAGGUAAGCUUUGA